CCUGCCUCUCCUUUGCCCUCUUGCUGCUCCUGCUUGCUCGUUCGGCUCGUUCCAUAUCCUUCAUCCUUCUUUGUUUUCUUUUCGAUCACUUGCCAGACACACAACAUGCUUGACGUCUCUUCUCUCGCUUUCUCACCAUAUCGUCAUCAGCAUCAUACAUACACCACAGGUCGAGACACCCCAGAGGACCCCUCUUAUCCCCUCCAAUCACACACCCUCUACAACGCCGUCCCCAGAGCAAUCGCUCCCCGACACCAGCUCCCUCAGCCACAGCCCGCCCCCCUGACCGGAGCCCGCGCUUACACUCCUCACUCACCCUCACGCUCAGUAUCACCCAUGGACGUCCAAUAUGCAUCGUACCCAUCCUCGCACAACCCCACGUUUUCUUUUACUUCGCAGCACUAUAAGUCCGCCCACCUCACGCCCUCGCCUUCGCCCAUGGACCACAAAUCGUUCGCAUUAGCUCAGAUCCAGCCAUCGCCCUAUAGCCCCUCUGCAUUCACGUUCGACCCAUUCGCACCAGACGAAGAUAUCGAGGACACCUCGUCUUCGUCAGAGGAAUACGGCACCAUGCCUCCAGCGACCCCACCCUCUGCGCCGCAGCACACCCUCGUUGGCCUUCCUCCCACUGCGAUUGGUUAUUCGAACGGAUUCAGUGAUGUGAGCAAGUCGAGUUUCGUUGAGGCAAAGGGCACAGUGCAGGAUCCUUCGGUGGAGGCAUAUGGGCAGUAUGUGGCGAGGCAGCAGAGGAUUGAUUUUUUGAGGCAGAGAGAAUGGAUGAGGAGAGUUACUGCCUGGGUCGACACAGUAAAUAUUGGCUCGCCACAGCACCAGGAACUCCCUCACGCUCGUCAGCGCGCUUACAACCCCUCGCGUUCGGCUGGAACCCCUGUUCCUCAGCGCAAUACCCCUCCACGUCACCGUCGGCAACCCCAACAACCCGCACCCGCCGCCACACCCCGAGCACACGUUCCGUCGCCACAACAUUUCGUCCCUCAACCACUUCCAGCUUACGACAACAAUACCCAGAUAUAUUACACCACCCCUAAUCACGCUGCUGCGCCCUCGCCGUCACCGUCUUCAGCGGUCGUAGAGAUGACUGACGACGAGCCCUACCUCAUCUACAGCACCUCCGGUCCAUCUGAGCCCUCGAGACAAGUUGAGAGAAGGUCGUCCGCUGAGUCUUUACUGUCUUCUGCUUCGUCGCGCUCCUCGUCGGCCGGUCGGAGUCGAAGCUUAAGCCCGAAUGCGACGGUUUAUACCCCCCGUCACCAACAACGUGCCUCUAUACCCUCCUCGGUACCGUUCCCGUCGUCUGCGCCGCAAUCAUCCUCGUUCUCGUCGCUCAGGACAUCUCUCUCUGCGGCUUUGGGCCCUGUCGCUGCUCCUCCUGGCGUUCCUUGCCCUGUGACGGCGACUGCGGGACGGAGGGCUCACUCGAGGGUGCCGAGUCUGGACUCGAUAAAGGAAGAGGAGGAGGUCUGAAAGUCGGUCGGAAUCCCGAGUUGCAUGGCGUUGCACUGAUAUCCCUCAAAAGGUCGAAAGAUCGGGGAAGGAAAGGACUCUCUACGCACGAUCCGGAGGUCGGAGCUGGAUGGACUCUCGAAACUUGUAGCAUAUAAACCUCGGUAUUAUCCUCCGCCCGUCGUAUCACCCCCCUUAUUUCCACAUCCUCGCAUCUUUCUCCGUUCCCGUUCUGCCCUUCCCGAUGCAAUUAUAGUGUUGGGCUAUGGAGUCUUGGGACUCCCAUUUACUUUCUUUUUCUCCUUUCUGCUUAUGUUUUCGCUAUGACCGUCCGCUCGCGGAUCGGGCCAUCACACUUUCCUUGCUACUAUCCCAUCAAAGGCAGCACAUCGCGCCACGACCCCGACCGCAUCACAUCUCUAUCUAUCUCUUUAUCUAUCUGCAGUCAUCUGCGCGGUUCUCGUUCUUUCUCCUUCCUCGUUGCUCGUUCCUCGUUGCUUCCUUUUUUUUCUCGUUCACGUGACGUUUGCAUACUCUUCACGUUCCUUUCUGUGCUCGUCGCGUCUUUUGCGUUGUUUGUUUGACCCUUGUAUAUUCGCCUUUUUACUGAGUUUUUAGCAUCUUUUGUUCUCCGCCAUUCGCACCCGCUUGGCUCGGUGUUUCCUUCCUGCUCGUCCGUGGCAUCAUUGCUCUUAUUCCACAUAUUCCGCCGCACGAGCACCCGUACCCAUAUCUUUAUACACCAACCCUUAUUUUACGCCGUCCGUCCGUCCAUCCAUACAUGCAUACGCGCUUUCGCCCGCACCCACCUCGCGGGGUAAGUUAUAACUCUUCUCCACCUUUUUUUGCUCGCCGUUCGUCUUCGGUUUCGUGGUGGUGAUGGUCCAGGUGGUGGAAUGGUCGGAGAAGGAACUUGGAUGCAGGCUUUAUUCUUUUUUGUUUUUUUGUUCGCUUUCGUUGUGAGAUUCGUAGACGGCUGGCUGUUUGGGUUUCUUUUCUUUUUCUCUUUUAUUAUACUGUGUAAUAUAGUUUAUG